AUGUUCGUCGUGAGAGCCUGCAACUUGGUUGGGUUGGGUGGUUUUGGGUUAGCCGUGUGUCCGUGCAGGCAAUCAGAAAUAAGCUGUAUUGGCUUCAAGAGUGUUUUUUUGAUAACAUCUCAACCUUACAUCUUCAGUAACGGCUACAAGAUAAGGUUUAACGAAAAACCAUGCCAACAGUGUAAUGUUGGUUAUAUUGUUCCUGAAUGGGUUGAGGAUUCAACUCUAUCUGCCAUUCAAAGAGUAUAUGGUUCAUCUAAGGCUCUACCAACCACCACCCUGGUGUUACCGUUAAAGUCAGAGAAGGUCAAACCAGUGAAGGAUCAACUCUCAAGCAUCCAUCCUGAAGUUCUUUUAUUUCUUGCAAAGAUAAAGCGGCUUUCAGUUAGGGAGGACAAUGAGGAUCCUAAGCUAAACACGGUGAGUGCAAUAUCAAUCUCCAGUGAGAAAAACUUUGUUACGAUAAAGAGCAUGGAUGCUGAAUCGUACACACUGCAUCUUACCGCUGAUGUUUCUGGCAACGAAGACGACACAGAGUGUGGCUACUACAUGUGGAAACAAAGGUUUCCCGUUAAGAAAGAGAACAAAGUUGACGUCCGAUCAGAAGUCGAGGAGUGGGUUAUUACAUUGGCUUUCCCAAAUGGGAAAAGACUCAAACGAGGUGCAAGCAUGCCUGGCAUCUAUUCCUUUUUACCAACCGAGACGGUUACAAAUUUUCCGUUUAUAAUCCAAGCAGAUUUUCUCUUGGCUUCAUCAAGGGAAAAUAUCCUGUGGGACAACAAAUGGAAUCAGGGAAUUCUUGAUUGUGUGCCUAUUGCCUUUUUGAAUUCAUUUACCUCGUUGAUCAAGUCUUCUGAAACUGCUCCUAUUUCUAGUCUUCCUAAUCAGUUUAGGUUCUUACCUAUCAAAGAAUCCUCUCACGCAAAGCUGAAUCAUGUGCGGGAUGCAAUUAAGGCCAAACUAAUGAACGAGACUAUUGUUCCAUGUGAGUCAUACACGGGGCAAAAGUUAUUUCGUAAACCCAAUGAAGUUGGUAGGCUGAAGCCUGCAUUUUGGAGCAUACUGAACAAUGCAAAGAGCCAAGGCGUUAGUUUUUCUAAUAUAUCAUCGCAUGGGGCCUAUAUACUCACCUUUUCUUUUGAUCAAGUGAAGUACAACUCCAUUUUGGAGUUCUUGGAAAUCCAGGCGGUAGAUAAUGAAUGGUAUGGCAAAUGCAUUGCUGGUUCUAAUCUUGUAAGGGACGUUUUGGAGGAACUUUAUAUGCAGCUUUUGGUGUUCAUAGCCGAUAAUUGGGGGUCCUUGUUUUACAAGACUAACAUCAAGAACAUACCACUCAUAAAGUAUGUCGGGACGGAUGGCAAAGUGAAUUUGUUCUCAAUCAAUGUUUGUGCAAACAAGCUGCUUGCUGCUGAUUCUGAUCACAUCUCCUGGUUGAUUAACUGGAACACAGAAUUUCACUGUUCUAAUGGUAAAUUCUUUCUGCCUACUGUUACGCGAGAAGCUAUAGGAUCGUGUUUGAAGAAGUAUACUAUAAUAAAAUGGCUCAUGGAGGAGGUGAAGGUUAAAUUCAUCAGCGUUAACGAAUAUGCUGGUGAUCUUAUUUCUUCACUCAAAACCGACCGCAAGCUUGCUGUUACAUAUGCUCAUUUCCUCUACCACUCUGGAAAGAAGACUUACUUGAUGGAGUAUCAAAUUCAAAGUCUGUGUGCUAAAAUGCCAAUUGUUGAUAACUAUGGGCAAGUAACUAUAAGAAGAGAUGGGGUUCUUGUACCUGCUAAAGGUAGCAAAUGGGUAGAGCUUAUCGGCUCUAAUCCAUGGAGGCAAAUUAAUUUUGUAGAGCUUGGAGAAGAUUACACGCGGUCUGUUACAUAUUUUGGUAAUUAUGUAUCAGGGGAAGACCUUGUUUCAUUUAUGAGAACUUAUGUUGGAGCUGCUGAUGUUCCUUUUCUGUCUCCCCCUAAUGCUGCUGUUCCUACUCUGUCGUCGCCCUUGACAAAAACAAAUGCAUUCUUGCUUCUACGCUGGCUUAAUUUUUUGAGAAAAAAGAAUGCUCAUCUACCAGAAAGAUUUUUGUCAUCUAUUAAAAAUGGUUCCUGGUUAAAAAUCUCUUUAAGCGGUUUUCCCGGCAGCAGGCCACCCUCAGAGUCAUUCAUGCUUGAAGCUACCAGCGGGAGUAUUUUACAGCACGGAUCAGUUCUAGUUGAUAUUCCGUUGCUAGAUGUAAAAUUUUAUGGCGAUGAGAUAAGAAAUUACAAAGAAGAGUUAAAAACAGUUGGUGUGCGAUUUGAGGAUAAAGAAGCUUGCGAAUUCAUUGGUGAGCGUCUCAUGUCUCUUGCUGCAUCUUCAAAGCUUACCAGAGACAAUGUUGCUUCAAUAUUGAAAUUUAUUCGGUAUUUGGGAGCACAUUAUAUCCCUAGUACGGAACUUGUUAACCGAAUCAAACAAGGAAAAUGGGUUAGAACUUCUCAAGGAGACAAGACCCCAAACAACUCUGUUUUGUUCAGUCAUGAAUGGAAUGCUGCUUCACAAUUAAGUAACAUUCCAUUCAUCGAUAGAGAUUACUAUGGAGAAGUACUUUCUUUCAAGGAAGAAUUAAAACAGUUGGGCGUGAUGGUGAAGUUUGAUGAGAGUCGUUACCAGCUUGUGUCAGACAACGUCAAGUCCUCAUCUUUGUUGAAUUCUUUGUCUUCCGAAGCUAUGUUACUGCUAUUAAGGUGCAUACAGAAAUUAUGUUCCUCAGAUAAGUUGGUGCAAGCAGUGAAAAGCAUUAAAUGUGUCAAGACAAACUUGGGCUACAAAUGUCCAUCUGAAUGCUUUUUCGUUAAUUCAGAAUCUGAAUGGGGCUGUCUUUUACAAGUCUUUGGGACCUUCCCUAUUCUUGAUGUUAACUUCUAUGGACGCUCGAUCUUUUCAAUGGAGAAAGAGCUAAAGAAAAUCGGUGUUAUGGUUGAUUUCGAAGAUGCUUCAAAAGAAUUCACUCGCACUUUUAAACAACAGGCUUCAGCGUCUUCUAUCCGAAAAGAAAAUGUUUUUUCGUUUCUUGAAUGCUUCAGAAAGUUGAAGAAAAUGAAGGUCAAGCUUCCGGAUAAUCUCAAGAAGUGCUUACGCGAAGAGAAAUGGCUUAAAACGAAACUUGGUGACUAUAGAUCACCGAAUGCAUGCAUUCUUUUUGGUGCAGACUGGGAAUCAAUUACUCCAAUAUCAACACUUCCUUUCAUUGAUGACGGUAAUAAUUUCUACGGCAAUGAGAUCCAUAAUUAUCAAGUGGAGCUUAAUCUGUUAGGUGUAACUACCAAAUUUAAAGAUGGUGCCAAGUUUGUGGCUGCUGGGCUUUAUUUACCUGAGUGUUCAAGUAGCAUUACUCCUGCUAGCAGUUAUGCAUUGCUAGAUUCUGUCAAAAGACUUAAAGAAAGUGCAUCAGAGAUUCCUACCAAGUUUUCUGAAAAACUGGCCCAGAAGAACUGGUUAAAAACACAUUUCGGAUACAAACGCCCGAACGAGUGUUUGCUUUUCUGUUCUGACUGGAAUCCUUUCUUUAAACGUGAAGAUGCUCCAUUCAUUGAUGAACAGUUUUAUGGAUCUCGGAUUGAAUCCUACAGAGAGGAGCUCAGUCAUUUAGGAGUGAUAACAGGUGUUAACAAGGGAUGCCAGGUGAUUGCUAGUUAUCUUAAUUCACAGUCCAAUUUUGAAAGAAUUAAUCGUUACUACAAUUAUUUGUCUGAGUUCAAAUGGGAGCCUGCUGAUGACGACGACAAAAAAAUAUGGCUACCAAGAGGAACCGAUAAUGGAGAGUGGGUGUCACCACAAGACUGUGUUCUUCAUGACAAAAACAAUCUGUUUAGUGGUCUUUUGUAUGUGUUGGAGAAAUACAAGUAUGAGAGGAAAGUUCUUGGAUUUUUUGCUGGCAUUUUUAAUGUGAAGGUCCAUCCAUCUGUUGAUGAUUACUGCAAUCUAUGGAAGAAAUGGGAAGCUUCAGGAAAUCUGAUAACACAUAAGGAAUGUUGUGUUUCUUGGGAGUUUGUGGUUAAAAACUGGAACCCGGUGACUGAGAAAACGUUCAAUAAAAGCUUUUCAAAACUCCCAGUAUCAUCACCUAGUUCUGAUGGUAUUUUUCUGUCAGACAAGCGUGACGUUUUCAUAGGUGAUGAUCUUUUUCUAACAGACCUUUUCCAAAGUUGUUCUAGUCCCAUAUUUGUUUGGUAUCCACAACCAAGCUCUAAAACUCUCACCCGAACCAAGCUUGUGGAUAUCUACAAAAAACUUGGUGUCCGUACCAUAUCUGAAUCUGCACAGAAGACUUUAUCUAAUGUUGAUCAAGUGAAACUGGAGCCCAUUAGUUCAAAAGAAAAGUUUAUGAAAAAAGGUUUGGUCAAGCUGAUUUUGGGCUUUCUAGCUGAUCCAAAUCUCAAUCUUGAGACAGAAAGGAGACAUGAAGCUGUUAGUUGCAUGUUGGGACUUGAAGCUUUCGAGACGGUUGAUCCACUGAUUGUGAAGUAUGGUUUAUCUCUAUCUUGUGGAGACGUUGUGACUGUUGAAGCUAAGAGAAUGAUCCGUUGGGAUAAACAGAACUCCAAACUUUUUAUGCAGAAGAGGGAAGAAAGCGGUGGUCAGAAGAGUGUGAUAGAACAUGCUUGUCAUUUUGGUGAAGUGAUAGCUGAGGGGAUGUUGUGGGAGAAUGAAGAGGUUGUGUCACAGCUUUCGGAACUGAUCAGAUUGGGUUUUUUGGUCGAGUUUGAUGAGGAAGCAAUUGAGUUUCUCAUGAAGAUGAAGAAUCUUCAAAUAUUUCUUGAGGAUCAUCACUAUCUUUCUUCCAUAUUCUCGUCUUAA